UAUGUGAGAAACGCGGUGGUUGGCAAUGAUAAGGAGAAUUCGUAUUCGUAGUCUAUAAAACACAGUCAAAGCCGAAAGUUGAAUUCCCUUUUUUCGACCUUCCUUCUUCCACUGCGACCAAUCACAUACUCUCUGACUCUCUUCAUCUUCCUCUUCCUCUUCCUCUCCUUGUAGUUAUAUGAUCUUCUUAGGGUUUGUUAUGUGAAAUCACUUGGUUCUUUCUCUCUCUCUCAAUCCAAUUCUUUCUGUGUCUAAGAAUACGAGUUUUCUUUGACUGCGCGCUGUGCUCCGUAGUUGCUGAAUUUGUCAAAUGGGAGGUGACUACUGUUACUUGGGUUUCUUGUUAGGUUGGCUGAGAUUAUAUGGAAGAAAGCGUUGAGUCUUGUGGUUUCGUUGACUCCAUUCAGAGCACAGCUCGGCCGAGCUGUUUUAUUAGUCUCAGCUGAUUGAAUUUGUUUCUUUACAUUUUUUAGAAACCAUUUGAAUUUUUUAAUUCAGUGGUACGAUACGCAUAGAAAAUUUGAAAAUUCAUUGAAUUCGUACGAUUUUGGGAGAGAACAAUGGGGGGAGUGUGCCCCGGCGGGAUGGCGAAGCAUAAUGCUAAAGUUGGAGCGAAGGUUGCUGUGAAGCCCAAGAAGACGAAGAGCAUUAGCAAUCAGAAAGGGGAUUGCUAUUCGGAUUCUGAUCCAGUUGAUUUCAGAAAAGCGACGCGAAAGUGCGAUUUGUCUGAGGGGCCAAAGUCGGGCUACUCCGAGCCGUCGACACCGAUUCGGUCGACGCCUACUAGGAAAGGCAACAUUAUCCAGAAGAGCCCAGGCAGAGUUGGCGAGUUGACAGCAGAUGUUCUUGACACAAUUCUAAGUGGCCUGUCAAAAUUUAAUCCCAAUCAAGGGUGUGCAAAUGGCUCGGCUUCAGGGGGAAAUAGAAUAUCCAUAUUGGCAUUUGAAGUAGCCAAUACAAUAGACAGAGGUGUUAACUUGUUGCAAUCUCUUUCUGAAGAAAAUAUCCAGGUCCUGAAAAAAGAGAUUUUACAUCCAGGAGUACAACAAUUAGUUUCCACAGAUAUUAAGGAGAUGCUAAGCUUUGCUGCUGCUGACAAAAGGCAGGAGUUCGAAGUUUUCUUGGGGGAAGUAAUUAGAUUUGGAGAUCUAUGUAAAGACCCACAGUGGCACAAUCUGGGUCGCAGCUUUGCUAGAUUAGAUUCUGAUGAUCCAAGCUACAAACAACUUAAAGUACACACAGAAACGACCAUUCAGGAGUUGACCACUCUGGCUCAGAAGACUUCUGAAUUAUACCAUGAGCUGAAUGCUUUCGAGAGAUUUGAACAAGAUUAUCAACGAAAGCUUGAGGAAAUGGAGUCUUUAAAUCUCCCCCGAAGAGGAGAGAGUCUCAAAAUUUUUCACAAUGAGCUAGAAGAGCAAAGAAAGCUUGUAAGGCGUCUGAAAAAGAAAUCUCUAUGGUCUGAAAAUUUGGAAGGGAUUGUGAAGAAGCUCGUGGAUGUUGUUACCAGUAUACAUCAAGCUAUUUGGGAAGCCUUUGGAAAUAGCGGUACCACAUUGGUUAUCGAGGAGCCUAGUAAGAGUCCUGAAAGACUUGGGGAAGCUGGUCUUGCAUUACACUAUGCCAACAUAAUCAACCAGAUAAGUAUCAUUGCAUCUCGUCCAACCACCCUUCCUCCAAAUCUGAGAGACCAAUUAUAUCGAGCAUUGCCAGAGAGUGUGAAGGUGGCUCUACGUUCCCAAAUGCAGACUGUUGAUGCCAAGGAACAGCUCUCAAUUUUUCAGAUCAAAGCUGAAAUGGAAAAGACUCUCAAGUGGCUUGUUCCAGUUGCCACAAAUACAAUUAAAGCACAUCAAGGUUUUGGAUGGGUUGGAGAAUGGGCAAAGGCUAGUAAUGAGUUCGGCAAGAGUUCAACGACAACCAAUAACAUGAUCCGCCUCCAGACACUGUAUUAUGCAGACAAGGAGAAAACAGACCUAUACAUCCUCAAAUUGGUGACCUUGCUUCACCGUGUGAUCAGCUUAAUAAGACGUAGAGACCAUGGUUUCAGGCCUCUGCCCUUACGAUCUCCAACUCGUAACGCACUCGAUUUUCACUCCAAGAUGCAACAUUCUGUAUCCAUGAACUAUAGUUCUAAAACCCAUGGAAUUCAACUUUCUCAGGAAGAUAAAAAUUUGUUAGAUGAGGUGAUUGGAAGCUUAAGCGUCCCUGGAAUCAGCAAAAGCCAGAAAUUCACUAUGGCCGAGGAGAGAGGGAUCAGAGUUUGGCCUUUGAGCAGGAGCACUGGGAGUUCCCCUACUAGAAAGUUGGAUGCAAAACAAGACUUGAAGACUGACGUUUCGGAUAUCAUGGACAGGCUAGAAUUUAUAAUUAGUGAGGCUUCUUGAUCGAUAUCCCAUUCCAGGCAUUUUUCUCCACUCCCAAAAUCGUAUAUUCAUUUCUCUCCCUCUGUUCAUUCCAAUGUAUUUUUUGGUUAAUUAAAUUCUCAUUUUAUCAUGUAAUUAUCCCUGUUUAUGGUGGAUAGGUGCAAGUAUAUAAUAUGAUAUAAUUAUAUUGUAAUUUUUUC